UAGGCAUUACGUUAUUCUUCUUUCUCAAAACAAAAACCAAAAAUUAAUAUCUCGGUUAGGUUACAAGAGAAAAAUGCAGAAAAAGAUAGUCAUCAUGGUAUCAACUCGGUGCGAGAAAUGCCGGACCAAAGCCAUGCAAACAGCUGCCGUGGCAGAUGGCGUAAGUUCGGUGGCGUUAGAAGGAGAGAAGAAAGAAAAGUUGGUGGUGGUGGGUGAAAUGGUUGAUGCAGCAUGCUUGACGGAGGCACUUCGAAGAAAAAUAAGGCAUGCAGAAUUACUUACUGUGGAAGAGGUGAAGCCAAAGCCCUAA